AUGGGAGCCUCAAAGACCAAGCCAUCCACAACAAAAGUAUCCAAAUCGUCAAAAUCAUCGACACCAUCUUCGUUUAAAUCGCCGACCUAUUUGUCAUUAUCAUCGUCAUCGUCGUCGUCAAACUCGCCGCUAAUCUCGUCAUCAUCAACUGCGCCAUCUUGCGGCGACCCCAGACGACCUUGGGUUUUGAAGGUCAUGAAAGGUCAGCGGGUUAAUGUUACGCUGAUGGAUUUUUAUCUGCAGCCCGGAAGUGACGUGGACGAUUACGUCAUCGAUACGUCAGCUGAUGAUGUCCUGCUGUCUACUGACAUUUCUAUAGCAACGAACAAACCAACGAUGACAACAACACAGCGAACAACAACAACAACGACUACGAAGUUUGCCCAGGACUACUGCGACAAAUACGCCACCUUCGAAGACCUCGCCAUAUACAGUCCCGUGUUGGACAACAUCAUCAACAACAACAACAUCAACAACAACAACAACAGCAGCAACAUCAACAACAACAACAACAACAAUAAUAAUGCAAUUUUGAUCAGCAGAGAUAGUAAUGCCACUAAGAUGGAUGCCAUUUUGAACGGAGUUUAUGCCGACCACCCGACGUACCACCAAAACGCAAGCAGUAGCAGCAGCCACAACAACAACAAAAAGCCUUCAAGGGACCUUGGGACGAGGGGCGUACCAGGUAUAGGGGGUGCCAGGGUACUCUGUGGCAAGCGUAGGGUCGAAAUUCUGCACGCCUUUUCGUCACGAAGUAACGAGGUUUCUGUGAUUCUUCAUAGGACGGCUAGCCAGCCUGGCUACAAAUUUUUACUGAAAUAUGAAGCCGAGGCUUGUGCGAGUAUUUUCGAAGCUGUCAAAUUUGCAAUUUGUUCAUCACCGGGUAUGUUGAAUUUUUUUUAA